AAGCGAGCUAUAUACGAAAAGAAUGUGUAUGGCAUAAUUGGCAUUGCAUAUUUUUGUCAUGCAGGCCACGGCUUUGGGUAAGAAAUUAAGUUCACGCAUUUGAAAUUAUUGGCGUACAUGGCACGGCGUGGGAUAUGAAAAUUAAGUAGGUCCUAAGUAUAGUCCUGGAGGGACAGCUCCCUACUCGUCUGCUGGUGUUGUACGUGGAAUCGCAUUCCCAUUGUUCCAGUUGGUUCCAUUUGGUUCUGGUUGGUUCCAGUUGGUUCUAGUUGUUAGUUCUUGAUGGUUCCAGUUGUUAGUUCCUGUCGGUUCCAGUUGGUUCUGGUUCAUUGGGUUUCCAUUGGUUCCAGUUGGUUCCAGUUGUUGGUUCUUGAUGCUUCCAGUUGUUAGUUCCUGUCGGUUCCAGUUGGUUCAAGUUGGUUCUGGUUAAUCGGGUUUCCAUUGGUUCCAGUCGGUUCCAGUUGGUUGCAGUUGUUGGUUCUUGAUGGUUCCAGCUGUUAGUUCCUGUCGGUUCCAGUUGGUUCCAGUUGUUUCUGGUUACUCGGGUUUCAAUUGGUUCCAGUCAGUUCCAGCUGGUUCCAGUUGUUGGUUCUUGAUGCUUCCAGUUGUUAGUUCUGUCAGUUCCAGUUGGUUCGAGUUGGUUCUGGUUAAUCGGGUUUCCAUUGGUUCCAGACGGUUCCAGUUGUUGGUUCUAGUUGGUUCAAGUUGUUGGUUCCUGAUGGUGCCACUUGUUGGCUCCGGUUGUUGGUUCCAGUUGAUUCUGGUUGGUGCCUCUUGGUUCUUGCUUGUUACAGUUGAUUUUCAAGUGGUUUCAGUUUGUUCCAAUUGGUCCCAGUUGGGUUCGGUCGGCUCCAGUUGGUUCCUGCUGGUUCUGGUUAAUUCGAGUUGGUUCCGGUUGGUCUCAGUUCCCUUAGUCCCUUUUGUUUCCGGUUGGUUUGUGUCGGUUGCAGUUGCUCGUUCCUGCUGGUUCCAGUUGGUUCCAGUUGAUUCCGGUUGGUUCCAGUUGGUUCCAGUUGGUUCCAGUUGGUUCCAGUUCCCUUUGUCCCUGCCGGUUCACAACUGUUUUUUUUUCUGUUUUUUUUUUUUUUUUUUUUUCAAUUGCCGGUUCACAACUUACAAUCGUACCCUUGCGUCAUCUGGCGUCUUUACCGUGGCUGAAGACAUCGAGCUGCUCUUCGACUUUCGCGUGGGAGAGAACAAGGGCUGAGGUUGAAGAAAUUCAGCCCUGCAAAGGAUGGUGUAGACGAAGGACGAGGUUGACGCUGCUCAUCUCAUGCCGCACCGGUCCUUAGUGACAAGAAGCAGGUGCCUUCGUACGAUAAUAGAAGAUGCAUAGUAGCGAAUAUUCAAUGUAGUGUGAUGAAGAUUAUAGGGACGCCGACAGCAAUGCUGACGAGGACGAUGGCAUCGCGAGGGAUGACGAGGACGAUGACCACGACAGCAAUGCUGACGAGGACGAUGGCAUCGCGAGGGNAGGACGAUGGCAUCGCGAGGGAUGACGAGGACGAUGACCACGACAGCAAUGCUGACGAGGACGAUGGCAUCGCGAGGGAUGACGAGGACGAUGACGGCCGCCGGAACACGGCGGAAAUUGGUUUGGUUCCAUUCUCUAAUGGGAGGCAACAUUGCCUGGUCUGUGGUCCUGCUGGUACCUUGAGACAACGGGGAAAAGGUUCAAAAAGCACAGUGCAGCGUGUGCUGCAAUUGGUGAGCCUCACAUAAACGAGUUGUGGAGAGAGAGAACCCACUGCUCAAGGUCCCUGUCCCUUUUUUUUUCUUUCUUUCUUUUUUUUUUUUUUACCGAGUAGAGCAAGGGUGCAUUUUGCAAUGGAGUAAGAAAAGAAGAAUGCGAAAAAACGUCAAGUGAGGAGCAAGGUAGUCACAGUCCUUUGUCUUUCUUUUUUUUUGUUGUUUAAUCAUUUUCUUCUUCCCAGGAUAGAUAACUCAGGAAGCAGCCUGCAGGUAUUUUGCCUGCAUGUCUGAUAUAUCUACUGGUUAAGUGCUCCGUGAUUGACGAGCUAACAGUGAUCCUCCGCCGAGUCAGACCACGUCCUCGUCUCCUCGCCUCCGGUUCCUUCUGCCCGACUGGCUGCCUCACACAUUACUAUUGUCUUCCCCCGAACGUAACGCAUAUGCGGUGUAUUUGAGUUUGAGAAAAAAAUAUCGAAAAUGAUGGAAAAUCUGAAUAGACCACAUGCGUUGUAUUAAGAAAGAAGGGCUGUUUGAAUAGAACGCAGAUGCGCUGUAUUCGAAUAGAAAGCAAACUAUGCGCUGUAUUCGUUGACAAUGAAUACGCGUUAUGUUG